UUACCGCAUUAGAGCCCAUCUCAAUGAGCACCGUAUGAUCCGGUGGUCUGAAUACCAUAAACACUCCAGUAGUUCAUCCAUUCACUCCAACCCUAAUAAUGAUAUUGAAGUGAAUACCAGAGGGACAGUGAGCCAGGUAGUGACGUGUGAACCAAAUACUGUCAACUGUUUCCUGACUCCCAGUUGCGAGAAGAGUUACUUCGAUAAAGAGAUUCGUCGGAACAAUAGGAUAACCAUUUUCCUCAUCACUCUGACCGUCAUAUUUGGCAUUUCAUGGCUUCCGUGGAAUCUCUUCAAUAUUUAUGUGGAUUUUAAUUCGCAAAUCGAUUUAACGGCUCGCGAUCUCUACUUACUGUUAGCCGUCUGUCAUCUCAUAGCCAUGUCUUCGGCCACAACUAAUGCUAUAUUCUAUGGCUUUCUUCAUAAGGCUAUCCGACGAGAGUUAAGGGCAACUGUCGCUAAAAUUAAGCAGUAUUUUGGUUAA